UGUUUUAGCACGGGAUUGUCACAGUGAAAUAUUCCAUCUCUGCAGGAGGGGCCUCACCCCACACCUAAGGUUCUCUUACCCAGGGCAAUGUCCYUCUCCUUCCUCGCUGUCCCCUGUGMUUCCAGGGCAGUUUUGUGGCUCAUUUCUCACAGUUUGACCCUCCAGACUCUCUGCAGGUUCCCGGUGGAUGUCCUGGUGGGUGCUCCCACGCUCUACCGAAUGCUGGUGCAGAAAGAUCUCUCCAAAUACAAAUUCAUGAACCUCAAGUGCUGUGUGAGUGGAGGGGAACCCCUGAACCCCGAAGUCAUGGAGCAGUGGAAGAGCCAGACUGGGCUGGACAUCCGCGAGGUGUACGGGCAGACUGAAACGGUACCGCUGGAGGGUCAGACCCUGCCAAAUCUGGGAAAUGAUUGCUGGAAGGUUGUCUUGUAGAACACACUCUGCUUCCUCUUCCACAUUUCUGUCAAUGUUCCAGUAAUCCCCUUCCCUGGCAAUCUCUAAAAGAACUCCUUGUCAUGAUUUUCCUCACAAAACUUGCCCAAAAUGUGGGUUGGUGGGAGGAGAUGUGCUCCAAUAUUCCCACAAAUGCCCUYAAGAUAAUUCCAAGCAAGAGUGACAGUCAAGAGGGCAGAGUUUGAAUCUAAGGGAAGAAGAAUGGUUAGCAGAGAUGAAUUUUUAACUGAGAAUGGAACAGGGUUCUUUCAGGGAGUUUUAUGAUUUUGCUUAUCUGUACCAUACAGCACUGACAUACAGGAUCCUGUGAAUCUCAAUUCCUUACUUUGGAAUUAGUCUAGAAAAUGUGUUUAAUGAAUCGAGUGGGAAUGUAGCAAUUUUCUAUUGCAAAACUUUGGUUUGGUUUUGAUUUUUACAGGGAAUAAUCUGCUCUGUUUUUAAAGGAAUGAAGCUUAAACCCGGAUCAAUGGGGAAGGCAGCUCCCCU